AAUACAACACAAACGUCCCAGGACUGCCAUCAUCUGAAGAAUCCAACAUGAAGCCCCAGAGCAUAUUUAUCCUGCUUGUCCUUGUCGUACUAGCAUUGCACUGUAAAGAGAAUGAGGCUGCAUCCUUUCCCUGGAGCUGUGCAAGUCUCAGUGGUGUUUGCAGACAAGGAGUGUGUUUGCCUUCUGAACUUUACUUCGGACCAUUAGGCUGUGGCAAAGGAUUCUUAUGCUGUGUAUCACAUUUUCUUUGAGAACUGAAAAUGAUAGAUCAGGAGCUCCAGUUUUCCAAGUAUUAAUUAACUCACCAUAGAUUUGGGAUAAUGUACAUGGAUAAAUGGGACAGAAAUUACUUAUUGAUUAACAUUUAAACUACUGUCUGUAUAACUCAUUGUCCUCUAAUAGCUUCAGCUAGUAGAGGAUUUCAAAGCUUCUAGUUAAUGGGGAACUGCACAGUUCAUGACAAAACAUUGAAACAUUGUUUUUAACUGUUUGCUGGAAUAAUAAAACUAAUCAGCUCUUGUUUACCUCUCUGUGAAAGUGUGAAUCCGAGUCUUUGUUACCCUGUCCUCAAAGACACCAUGUGUAUAUUAAGACCUGGAAGAUAUGUAAAAUAAAUGUGUUUGUCAUCUUGAAGUGAAACCAACAAUGAAAAGAAUACUUAACCAACAUCGGUAAAGCAUACAAGCACAAGUAACACCACUGAUUUAAGAAAC